AUGGGUAUAACAUGUUCUUAACCCAAAAAAGCAACUUUGACUCUCACAACAACACAAGAUGAGGAAGAUCCAAAUUAUGAAAUCAAGAAAUUGUUGAGUGAAGAAAGAAUAACAAAACUUAGAAAAACAUUUCCACGUCCCACAAAAACCUAUGAAUCCUAUUUCCUUAGUUAAAUUAAUAAUGAUAACACAAUGA